UUUACCUCUGCUAGUCCCAUCAGCACUUGGAAUACAGCCCUUCUCUGGAGCUCUCUGCAGAGGGUGGCUCUUUGCUGGGACUAGACGGGGACCAGACUGAGCCAGAGGAAAAGAGUACAGAGCAGAGCCAUGAAUAUUGUCUUGGAUUUCCUUGUGCUUCUGAUCAUCAUCAUCUACUCCUACUUGGAAUCCUUGGUGAAGGUUUUCAUUCCUCGAAGGAGAAAAUCUGUGGCUGGGGAGAUUGUUCUCAUUACAGGAGCCGGGCAUGGAAUAGGCAGGCACACUGCCUAUGAAUUUGCAAAACGGAAGAGCAGACUGGUUCUGUGGGAUAUUAAUAAGCACGGUGUUGAAGAAACUGCAGCUGAAUGCAGAAAAUUAGGGGCCACCACCCAUGUGUUUGUGGUAGACUGCAGUAACAGAGAAGAGAUUUAUAACUCUGUAAACCAGGUAAAGAAAGAAGUGGGUGAUGUAACCAUCGUGGUGAAUAACGCUGGGACAAUAUAUCCAGCUGACCUUCUUAGUACAAAGGAUGAAGAGAUCACCAAGACUUUUGAGGUCAACAUCCUAGGACAUUUUUGGAUCACAAAAGCACUUCUUCCAUCCAUGCUGAGGAGAAACUAUGGCCACAUUGUCACUGUGGCUUCAAUAUGUGGCCAUGGAGUGAUUCCUUAUAUUAUUCCAUAUUGCUCUAGCAAAUUUGCUGCUGUUGGCUUCCACAGAGCUCUGACAUCAGAACUUCAAGCCUUGGGAAAAACUGGUAUCAAAACCUCUUGUCUCUGCCCAGUUUUUGUGAAUACCGGGUUCACUAAAAACCCAAGCACAAGACUCUGGCCUGUAUUGGAGACAGAUGAAGUUGCAAGAAGCUUGAUAGAUGGAAUACUUACCAAUAAGAAAAUGAUUUUUGUUCCAUCAUACCUCAAUAUCUCUCUAACACUGGAGAGAUUUCUUCCUGAACGUGCCUUGGCAGCUAUAAAUCGUGUACAGGAUAUUCAGUUUGAAGCAGUGGUUGGCCACAAAACCAAAAUGAAAUGAAUAAAUGAGCUCCAGCUUGAGAUGUAUGCACCUUAAUGAUGUGGAACUAAGUUUAGAGUCAAUGCUUCAAAGUUUAUUUCACAUUUUUCAAGUUUAGAGUCAAUGCUUCAAAGUUUAUUUCACAUUUUUAAUAUUAAAAACAGUAGUUUGGCGGUUGCAGCAAUUGAAUGAACAAGAAUAAUUACCUGUCACUCUAUUUCUCAAGAAUAUUGAUGUGGUUUUAAUAGUCAGAUCCAUUUUUCAUUCCAUACCUCUUAAAUAUGUCCAUACUUACAUAAACAUACUUAAAAGGUCAUUUUUCUUUAAGAUAUUGCAUUUCUUUUCUUUUCAUUUAAAGGUAGACAAAGCUACCUCCCUGAGAAUAAAUUUAAAAAGAACUUUAUUUAUAUAAGGAGGGCUUAAGAUUAUUCUCAAAGUAGCCUUCCAAUCCGUAAGCUGGCCACAGAAUGUUGGCAGGUACCCAGCGUGAGCUGCAGGUUGGAGAUCAAGUUUAAGUAGGCAACUGUGCUCCAAAAGACAGAUAACUUUUAUGCAAUUCAACAUUUGGAAGCUUUCUCCCUUUUCAUCAGCCCCAAACAGUGCGAUGGUAUUCUGGCCUUUCUCUCCUGAUUCUGUCCCUUAUAUAUCUCUUAUAUGCACCAAGAGUGGGCCCUCCAUGCUUGCCACCCUUUUCGUAAUCUCUUAAAAUACUAUGACUUUACAAAAAGUGACUCUCUCUUGAAUCUCAGAGUAUCUGAAAUUAUAACCCCAUGAUAAUUUCUUUCUUUAUAGUUUAUACUUUCACAUAUCAUUGCUACCAGAGAUGUUUAGACAGUUUUGAGCUCCAAAAAUGAAAGCUAGCACAGGGAGAGGACCUAGGCUGACUGCCUAACAGUGCACAAUGGAUCCGAGAGAGGGAGGGGAAAACAGAGUGGUCUUUUUUUUUUAAUAGAAAGAAAAAUCUGAUACCCACUACCUCAAGACUAAUCUUGUUUUCUGUGUUUUUCACAUUUAUUAUAGAUUGCUUUUACACUGAAUAUCCUCCUGUUUUAUCCUCAUUAAAAACAAAUGAUUAAUAAAAACAAAAUUUUUAAAAACAAAUGAUAAA